UAUAUCAAAAAUGUACGAACGAUAUGAACCUAACACCACUAAUUUAAUCAAGGGAAAAAGUAUGCCCAGCCUCAGCUGUAUUUUAGACGAACUUAACUCUGGAGGGUAUGUCGAUGAGAACCAAUGGGAGUGCAGAAGAGUUUGUAAGUUUGGACAUUCUCAGCCCAUGGCAAAUCCAAUCAUAACCGUUACUGAACAUACUCCCACUCCAUCGCCAGAUUAUUUGCGUCGGCAGGGUUCUAUGGAUAGUCAGUUGGACGCAGCAAGUCUCUCGGGCAGUAAAUUAGGUAACUGGCAAGAAAGAAAGGCAAGUUUGACUCGUUCUCAAACAGACUCUAACAUCACAUACGCUGGAGAAGAUAUUCCAGAAGCUCCCGGUGCUGCUUGUUACAUAACCAAGGAUGGUGACAUAGAUUUCCAAGUUGUUCUGCAGGCAGUCCACAGAACUUCAGUUAGAGAAAGCAGUGCUUGCACCCUCAGAGUUCUGGAAGUUAUUUUAAAUCUGAUAGAGCUCCUAAUGGACAUGGGUGUAUUGAAACAAUGCCUCAGAGAUGAAGCUAUAGCUAGCUCAGCAUCCCAACAAGAUGGCCCUAGCCCCGAUAAAAGAAGCGCAAAAGUACAUCUAAAUGCCACCCAAGGCUCACUGGGGGAGACCGAGAAACCGGAAAAAAUUGUAUCGUCACAUAGAUUGGUCAUGAAUAUUAUAGUGAGGGUGUUGAAACAUCUGGGAUGCCCUCAUGGUUGCGCAGAUGGUCAAAGAGGACCAGCUGCCGAAUUUCUAAGGACCCAAUGCCAGAAUAUUCUGGUGAAAUUGAACAGAGCAAGCGUAAAACAGUUUAAGAAUUUUUUAAAAGACUACGUAAAGUACCAACCUUUGACGGAUGUUAUGGACUUGUUUCACGCCUACGUCGGAUAUUGCAUUGAUCCCAGCUCUUUGCUUUCUCCUUUGAACCAGAAGAGGGGCUCUAGCAAGUCACCAGACACAGUAUCGCAAAGUGGUCAUACAUCCAACUUUGGCGCAGGCCUGGGGGGAGGUGGGAUACGAGGUGUAGAGGGACAAAUAGUCUCCCACGUCUUCAAGCCGUUGGUGACGAGAUUCGUGGAGUCUAGCAAAGAAAUCAAAACUCCUGAAAGUUUGCCCUUGUACUGCGAAAUAAGACAACUCAUGACUUACGUUAAGGAAGGGCAUGGCAGCGUAUUCAGGCGGGUGGCUCUUAGUGCUCUUUUGGAUACUGCUGACAGACCAAAUAAAAAGGGAUCCAAUACUCAAACAACAAGAGUUAUAAG